AUGUCGAGCGGCAGUGAGGAUGAGGACGAGCUCCUCCAGAUGGCUCUCAAGGAGCAAUCUCAGAGAGAUGUGAAUUAUCAGAAGGCAGCCUCGAAUCGGAGACCCGUUGCGAAUUACGUCCAAGCCCCUCCGCCUCCUCCCAACAAGAAGCCUCCGGCGCAGCAGCAGAAGCGGCGCGUGGUUGACGAGGACGACGAAUCCGAUGUCGAUAUGCUGAGCAUAUCCAGCGGCGAUGAGGACUCCACCUCCCGAGAUCAGCAACGCGUGCGCUUCCGCGGCUCUUCUGGUGCUUCCCGACCCAAAGACGACGACGCUGCUCCCUGGGACGGCGACGAGCCCGGUUGCUGGAAGCACGUCGACGAGGCCGAGCUUGCUCGCAGGGUUCGUGGAAUGCGAGAGACGAGAGCAGCGCCGGUGGCCAUUAAAGUUGAGCGUAAAGUGUCUUCUAAUGCAGUUUUGGCCAGGAAGGGACUAAGCACAUUGCAGUCCUUCCCUCGUGGCAUGGAGUGCAUUGAUCCCCUCGGCCUCGGCAUUAUAGAUAACAAAACUUUAAGACUCAUAACCGAAUCCUCCGACUAUUCUCCAACCAAGGAUGACAAAUUGGAUAACACCCUUCGUGAGAAGUUGUUGUAUUUCUCUGAGAAAUUUGAUGCCAAGCUCUUCAUCUCCCGGAUACACCAAGUAACAAGUGCAGCUGAUUUGGAGGCUGGUGCUCUCGCUCUUAAAAGUGAUCUUAUAGGACGCACUCAGCAGAGAAAGCAAUUGGUCAAAGACAAUUUUGACUGCUUCGUCUCUUGCAAAACCACAAUUGAUGAUAUCGAGUCAAAAUUAAAACGGAUUGAAGAAGAUCCUGAAGGUUCAGGGACUGCUCAUUUGUUCAAAUGUAUGGAAGGAGUCAGUUCAUUGGCUAAUCGUGCUUUCCAGCAUCUGUUCGAGAGACAGGCCGAGGCUGAAAAGAUUAGGUCAGUCCAGGGAAUGCUCCAGAGGUUCCGAACGCUAUUCAACUUGCCCAGUACAAUUCGUGGUAGCAUAAGCAAGGGUGAAUAUGACUUGGCUGUUAGGGAAUACAAGAAGGCGAAGUCAAUUGCUCUCCCUUCUCAUGUGGGAAUACUCAAACGUGUUCUUGAAGAGGUUGAAAAAGUGAUGCAUGAGUUUAAAGGCACUCUAUACAAGUCUAUGGAAGAUCCACAAAUAGAUCUAACCAAUCUUGAAAAUACAGUAAGACUGCUGUUGGAGCUGGAGCCUGAGUCAGAUCCUGUUUGGCAUUAUUUAAACAUACAGAAUAACAGAAUUCGAGGUUUGCUUGAAAAGUGCACAUUAGAUCAUGAAGCUAGAAUGGAGACUCUACAUAAUGUUUUACGUGAAAGGGCUCUGUUUGAUGCAAGGUGGAAGCAGAUUCAACAAGAUACUAAUCAUUCUUCAGACGCUGUUACUUCUGAAAACAACAAUCUUCUGGUUGAUUCUGUGGCGGUCGACUUGACUGGUGAAGAAGUUGAUGCUCUCAGAGGGAGGUAUAUUCGUAGAUUGACUGCUGUACUUACACAUCACAUACCAGCAUUCUGGAAAGUUGCACUUUCUGUUUUCAGCGGAAAAUUCACAAAGUCAUCCCAAGUUUCUUCGGAAUCAAAUGCUACUACUCCAGCAAAUAAAUCUGAGGAAAAAGUUGGAGAUGGGAAAUACUCUACUCAUUCACUUGAAGAAGUUUCUGUAAUGAUACGCAAUACUAUAACAGCAUAUGAAGUGAAGGUUUGCAAUACCUUUCGUGAUCUUGAAGAAUCAAAUAUUCUGCAACCAUAUAUGAGUGAUGCAAUAAUUGAAAUAUCCAAAGCUUGUGAAGCCUUUGAAGCGAAGGAAUCAUCUCCAUCUAUUGCUGUAAUUGCAACUCGAGCACUUCAGUCCGAGAUUACAAAGAUCUACAUCCUAAGGCUUUGCUCAUGGAUGCGGGCAUCAACGGUGGAGAUUUCAAAAGAUGAGGCAUGGGUUCCAGUUUCAGUUCUUGAAAGGAAUAAAUCUCCCUAUACAAUAUCUUACUUGCCGCUAGCUUUCCGUAGUGUUAUGACCUCAGCAAUGGAUCAGAUCAAAUUGAUGAUUCAGAGAUUAAGGAGUGAGGCAACGAGGUCAGAGGAUAUGUUUGCGCAACUCCAAGACAUACAAGAAUCUGUCAGACUUGCAUUCUUGAACUGUAUUUUAGAUUUUGCAGGUCACCUGGAGCGUAUAGGUAGUGAGCUUGCUCAAAACAGAUCAGGCAAAGGAAGCUCACAUGUAGAAAAUGGAUAUCCACAGAACUUGGAAGAGAAUCUAAUAUUUGAUCUCAGGGGAAGUGUCGUGGGUCCACAUCAAAAGUUGUUAAUAGUCUUAAGUAAUAUUGGCUAUUGCAAAGACGAGCUUUCUUAUGAGCUGUACAACAACUACAAACAUAUCUGGCUACAGUCGAGGGAAAGAGAGGAAGAGGAUAGUGACGUACAAGAUUUAGUGAUGUCUUUUUCUGGGCUGGAAGAGAACGUUCUUGAACAGUAUACAUUUGCUAAGGCGAAUUUGAUUAGAACAGCUGCUUCGAACUAUUUCUUAGAUUCUGGUGUUCAAUGGGGAGCAGCACCUGCUGUAAAAGGUGUACGUGAUGCUGCUGUUGAGUUGCUGCACACUUUGGUAGCUGUACAUGCAGAGGUUUUUUCUGGGGCUAAGCCUCUUCUGGACAGGACACUUGGCAUUCUUGUAGAAGGUCUGAUUGAUACUUUUAUCAGCCUGGUCCACGAAAACAGUACAAAAGAGCUUAGGUCCCUUGACGCGAAUGGUUUCUGCCAGCUCAUGCUUGAGCUUGAAUAUUUCGAGACGAUUUUAAAUCCAUAUUUUACACCUGAUGCAAGAGAGGCUCUGAAGUCUUUACAAGGUCUGCUUCUGAAUAAAGCAACUGAAACUGUGACUGAAAAUGUGGAGAAUCCAGGGCACAACCGGCGAGCGACGCGUGGGAGUGAAGAUGCAGUUACAGAUGAUAAACCGCCAGGGAUGACUAUGUCACCAGAUGAUCUGAUUGCUCAUGCCCAGCAGUAUAGCUCUGAGUUACUUCAAGCAGAGCUUGAGAGGACUCACAUCAAUACAGCAUGCUUUGUUGAGUCAAUUCCAUUGGACUCAGCACCAGAAUCAGCCAAACGCGCUUAUGCUUCCUUUAGGGGGUCACUGGAUUCUCCCAGUAGAAACUAUAGAGGCACACAAGGAACAGCAUCUCCAAGCUACGCCAGGAAUAGGCGUCGAUGAAGUUGUCGAUGAAUUUGCUAGUUUUCUGCUGUAGUUAUUUAACCUACUGAAGCAUAUUGUUUCUAUUCUCUUCGUUGACCUCAGAGUUUCUUGUGUGGCCUGUCCUUGAACUACAAAGUUGUAUAUUUUUGCUAUUUGGUUAAUGUCACUAAUGCUUGUUUCUUAUCUUGACCGUUUGUGCUCCCCCAAAAGAUUGGAGGUGUAAAGCCGGAUGGAGCCUCAGAUUUUGAGUUGAUCAGACGGAUGCUCAGGGUUUACAAUAUUUGGCUUACUAGGUGGAUAUGAUUUGGAAG